AUGGAAGAUUUUAGUCAUGAAUUGAGUGAGAAUAGUGGAGCUCGGAAUUUUACAUAUGUAACAUCAUCAAUUUUGGGACCGAAUAACUCUUCUUCGACUUCAGCCUCGUCGUCGUAUGUUGGGAGAACAACUACGACAUCAUUAUUUCAUCCUCAAUCUUGUUUUCAACAACAACAGUCUCCUGUUGUGAAGACGGAGGCUGGUACUAAUCAUCAUCAUCAUCAUCAUCAACACCAUCAUCACCCUCAGCAACAACAACAACAUUUUUCUAGAUUUCAUUACCCUUUACUUACGAGUUGUGGCCGAGGUGUCGAUUCUUCGGCACCGUCUUCACUUCAUCCACAUAUGCAGCAGCACCACCACCAAGAUCAAGACGAUGUUGGUGGUGGUGAGCAAAAUAAUCAUGUGAAUACCACAAGUAGUUGUGGUAAUCAUGAAGUUGAUGCUAUUAAAGCUAAGAUCAUUUCUCAUCCUCAAUAUUCUAGCCUCUUGGAAGCUUACCUUGCUUGCCAAAAGGUGGGAGCGCCGCCGGAGGUGGCUGCACGGCUAGCAGCAGCACAACAGGAGUUUGAAGCAAGGCAAAGGGCUUCUAUCUCAAAUUGUAGGGACCCUUCUAAGGAUCCAGAAUUGGACCAAUUUAUGGAAGCAUAUUAUGAUAUGCUAGUAAAGUAUAGGGAGGAAUUAACAAGGCCAGUCCAAGAAGCUAUGGAUUUUAUGAGGAGGAUCGAAGCUCAGCUCAAUGUCCUUGGCAAUGGUCGUGUCAGUGUCUUUUCUACAGAUGAUAAAUCUGAAGGGGUUGGUUCAUCGGAAGAGGAUCAAGAAAACAGCGGAGGUGAAACAGAACUUCCAGAGAUAGAUCCUCGUGCUGAAGACAGAGAGUUGAAAAAUCAUCUUCUGAAGAAAUACAGCGGCUACUUGAGUAGUCUCAAGCAGGAGCUCUCUAAGAAAAAGAAGAAAGGGAAGCUCCCCAAAGAGGCCCGUCAAAAGCUGCUAAGUUGGUGGGAAUUGCACUACAAAUGGCCUUAUCCUUCUGAAUCGGAGAAGGUGGCGUUGGCUGAAGCCACAGGAUUAGACCAAAAACAGAUCAACAACUGGUUCAUAAACCAGAGGAAACGACACUGGAAACCAUCUGAGGACAUGCAGUUCAUGGUGAUGGAUGGCAUUCAUCCCCACAAUCCUGCCCUUUACAUGGAUGGUCACUACAUGGGCGAUGGCACUUAUCGAUUUGGAACAUGACAAGUCUCACAGCUUUGGCCUUCCCGCUUUGCUAUCUUGCCUUGUCACUCGAAAGCUCCUAUGUUGUCCUAUGUAAAGGUUUCAUUCAUGCUAGUAUAAGUUUGUACGGAUGGAAUGAACACAAUUCGGUUACCUUAGCAACUGUUGGCAUAAUUUUGUUUUACUUUGCGCUUGCUAUGAACUGCUGCUGUUAGCUCAUAGCAUGUGUGUAUGUUAUGGAAUGUGUAGUAAUUAUAUUGGUGUAUUAUCAUAUUGUGUGUAUUCAAGUGUAUAAGAAAUUAGUAUGUGGCAAUUGUAAGCACUUGGCAUGUUAUUUUUGCUAAUUAGCCUUCACAUGACAUUACAUAAUGAUGUAAUUCAAAUUAAACACCUCAAAGAUUCAUAAGUUUGAUAAUUUGAAUAAUCCGCGUUUAAAUU